AUGAUUGCUUUUCAUACAACUGACUUGAUAUUUUUUAUUAUUCGUUUGAGUCUUGUAAGUUAUGAUAUUUCGAAAGGCGUUCCUGAUACAAUGGGUUUUCUUAUACCUAUUCUAUUAUUUGAUUUAAUUGGAUCAAUUCCAAUAAUAAUAUGUAAUAUCUUUUAUGUAAUUAUGCGUCAUUGCAUUAGGCAACUAAUCCCCAAAGAAACAUCUUUGGAAUGUUUAUGGCGUUUUGGAACAAUGACAUGUAUUCGACUCAAGUGUCAUAAUGAUCGUCCACAAGCUAUUUUACUGAUGCGUGUUGUUUUCAUCAUUUGUUCUUUUAUCUUAAGAUUUAUUUGUUUUGUUAUUGGUGCUUCUUGUUCUGCUCAUUUUAAAUCACUAUGCACUGCCUAUGUUGUCAUUGCCGCCAUUGCACUAGUAUUAUCUAUAUUGGCUAUGAUAGCUGAAUUUAUUCAUUAUUUUCGUUUAUGGACUUACAAUCCGACUGAUACAGGAAAUACAAUAAAUAGAAACGCUGUGUUUAGUACCAGUAUAAAGCAGCGAAUAGAAAAAACUCAUCGACAUCAUCUUGGUUUUAUUCAUCAUUCAUUAUUAAAUGAUCAAAAUGCCGACAGAUUUCGACAUUCAAGAUGUGGAAAUGGAAUUAAUUGUGAUUCUCGCAGUCUUCGUCAUCAUUUAUUGUAUCAUACACUUGAAGCUGAACAUGAUAUAGAUUUAGAAAACUUAUCAGAUGAUGAAAAAAAAUCUUUUAUUGCUUUCUAUGAAACAACUACAGAAGAGGCCUUAGAUAUUGCUCAAAAUGGAUUUCCUUAUGGAGAUGCUACUGAUAAAAAGAGUAAAGAUUAUUUACACCUCAAACAGAAUAUUUUCUUUACACGUUCAUGUAAAAGAGAAAAUGCUUCGCCUGCAAAAGCGAUUAUAUGUGUUCGACUCAAUUUAGGACGACUAGUGACGAUGCGUGACGAUGGUAAAUUGCUGCUUAAUGAUUAUUUUGGAUUCGGUGAUGGAAAAUGUGACACAAUUUACGUUAAAAAGACAGGUCGAUUUUAUCUUCGAAUGCCAGACCAAAUUGAAAAAUGGAUUGUUGCAAUUAAUGCUGAUGUUAAAGUCAAUGACAAUCUAGAUGGAAAAUUUUAUGAACAUUGUGCUUAG